UUUGACACUUCACUUUAGGAUGGGGAUUUGCGCUUCUAUUAAGAUCUAUAUCUUCUUUGCUAGCAGUGCGGGGCUGCAUCGCUCCACCUACACUUUUUGUUUACAAGUAAAUUAGAGCAACAACAAAUAACACAACAAAUCUGUCUUAGAAGUCAACUGUCCAACAAAAGCCUCACGAUGGGCGACCUGUUCGACAUCGCAAACCUAAUAACAACAGUUGGAGUCGACGCGGUGAAAAUUAAACCGGAGCCGGGACUCCCAGAGAAGUCGUCCAACGAGAUCCUGACUGAACUCUUCAGCACGUUUGAUCUACCGGACGGCGAUGACGACAACGAGGACAACAAUUCCGAAAGCAGUAACACCGACGAGGAGAAGAAGGAUAAGACCGAAGAAAAAAACGCUGAUAAAAAGAAAACAGAGGGUGCGAAUGAAGAGACUAAUGCUGCAGAGUUGAAGGUUAAGAAAGAAAAAGUGGUCGGAGAGGAUGGAGUUGGCAAAAGGAAAAAGGCGAAAAAGAAGCAUAAGCAUAAAAGUGAGGGCAAGGAUAAAGAGAAGAAACACAAACAUAAGAAGAAGUCAAAAAACAACUCUUCGGAAAGUGCUAGCGAUGCUGAAAAUGGAGGCUCAAAGAAAAAGAAGAAGAAAAAGAAAUCAAAACGUAAACGUGAUUCUGAUGACAACAAAACUGAUAACGGAGAACCAAGCUCUAAAGUUAGGAAGUUAGAGAAAUCCAGUAAAGAUAAAUCCAAAGACAGCGGUGAGGCAAAAGAUGAUGUAGAAACAGUGAAGAUAAAAAAAGAGAAAGUAGACCCCAACAACGAAACUAAACUGCCAGAGUUAAAAGAAAUCAGUCCAGCCCUACCACCUAUAUCAUCUAUAUCUAAAAUACUAAAUGAUGAUGCUGAAGCUGUUGAAGUACCAAAAUUACUUGAAAAAUCAAAGAACUCUAUAAGCUGCAAGAUUCUCAUAAAAGAUCUUAAAAAUAGCGAGGUUUAUAACAAUGCAGUCAAAGAGGUAGAGAAUAAGCAGAAAGAAAAGGCAGAGCGUAUGGAAGAUGGUGAGAUAACAGAUAGUGACGAUGACAACAACAAUAAUGCUAACGAAAACAACAACCGAACACCAACAUUAAGUCCAACUCCACCACCUGACAUAGGUGGCCUGCGCUCUGAUCGAAGCAGGUAUUCUGAAAGUCCAUCCUCAAGCCGUAUCACAAAAAAGACGGAUCUUAGAUUGAUGCUUAAACAAAAAGAAAAGAAAAAGAAACAGCGAUUGGAAGGCGGCAGGUCGAGGUCGAAAAGCAGUCGGAAGGAUGUAAAGAGUAGCAGGAGCAAAGAUAGGCAUGGUGAUAGGAGCCGCAGUUGUCAUUCAAGAGAUAGAAGAACUAGAAGUCGAAGCGGCGAUCGAAACAGGCACAUUAGAGGUAGGAGCCGAGAUCGACGGGACAGUAGACGAAGUAGUGAAAGGCACGGUCGGGAUGCAGAUAGAUACAAGAGUCGCAGUGAAGACAGGAAUAAAAAUAAGUGGCGCGGACGAAGUAGAAGUAAAGAAAGAAAAGAACGCAUAGAAAUAGAUAAAAAGAAACUUUUAGAAAUUGCUAGGCGCAAUGCGAUCAAUAUGAUCAUGAAAGGCAAAUUACCAUUAGCGCAACAAGAUAAAGCUAUUGCCGCUAUUCAAGCUGGAGGAAAGACUAUUGAUGAACUUACAGAUUUUUGUAAAUCUAUAUCAAAAUCUGAAGCCAUGGGUGAACUGUCAAGCAUAUCCUCUGAUGAUGAGAGUGGAUCAGAAAAAGGCUUCCAUCAUCCUUUCCUUAUUAAAGAGCGACCUAGCUCAAUAAUUAUGAAUAUUCGAGAUGCUAAGCAGUUACCCACAAAAACGUUACUAGAAAAAACCGCAGAAGCUACGAAUCAAUUGCGCCUGCAGUUUCCAGUUUCCAGUGGUCAACAACACAGAAAAAAUGAAAACGAAUGGAUCCCAGUCACGCCAGCAAAACCAAGCAAACAUCCGAAAUCCGGAGCUAAAAAGUUAUUUAUUCCUGCUAAAGAGAUAAUUCACACUGCACCUUUACCCUUAGUAGUUCCACCACUUGCUGUGCAACAAGCUCAAGCUCAAGUUCAGCCUAUCCAUCCUGUUGGCUCUGUGGCGCCUUAUCAAGCUAUUCCGCCGGUUCAAGCAGUUAUGCCAUAUCAACCUAACAGUCAAGAUCCUCAAAGUGUACCUAUAGCAUCAGUGGAGCCUAUGCAGCAACAGCUGCCUCGGGAAUCAAUCUUUCCAGCACUCCCUGCUGAAUCAGUUGAUAUUAGUACUAUAGUAUCUCAACGAUUAGCUGCUAUGAGAAAGCUAUCAGAAAAUCCUAAUGAUGUGCAAGCUCUAAAUCAAAUGUACAAGGCGCAGACCGGUAUGAAAUCGUGGAUAGAAAGUAAGCAAAUUCCGGGUCAGUUUACUGGUAGCACUGGAGCAAAAGUGCUCACGCCAGCUGAACUUAAUUCAGGCCACCAAGCGUGGGCGCGCAAGGAUCAACUUUUGACGGCUCAGCCAGUGUCAGGGGGUAUGGGAAUGGCAUUACUGCAAAAAAUGGGUUGGAGACCUGGGGAGGGUUUAGGAAAGAACAAAGAGGGUACUCUGGUGCCAUUACAACUAGAAGUCAAGUUAGACAAAAGGGGCUUGGUGUCCAAUGAAGAUGUUGGAGCUGCCAAACUUGGAAAAAUACCAAAGUCUGCUGUUCCUGCUGUCAAAACCUUAGAAGGCAAACAUCCAGUUUCUCUUUUGGGAGAAUAUUGUUCUAAACGUAAAUUUGGAGCACCAGUAUAUGAGUUAUGUUUUGAAUGUGGUCCAGAUCACAAAAAGAACUUCCUGUUCAAAGUGAAAGUGAAUGGGGUCGAGUACAAACCAGCAGUUGCUAGUCCAAACAAAAAAUUAGCCAAAGCAGAGGCCGCACAAGUGUGUUUGCAAUCGAUAGGACUUUUGCAAUAAUGUGGUUUAAUAUAGUAAACAACAAAAAUCAGUCUUUAUAGAGUAUAUGGCUUGAAGCCAAUAACUUUUUAAGAAAGAAAAAAAUCAACUUUUCUUUGAAUACAAUUCAAUCUGUUGAGAAGUAACAACAAACAUGCUAAAUUUAAACUGUUCUGAUGAACGAUUGUAUAGUUAUUGCUGCAAUUAUGUACAUAAUGUAAAUAAGUAAUUAAGUAAGUUGAUGCAUCUAUAUGUAAUUAAUAUUACAUUUACAUGGUUUUUUAAAAAACAAAAUACAUAAUAUACUUUCUUAAAAA